CUUCCGGGGAGAACAGUUUGUCCUAGAAAAGGGAGAUUACCCUAGGUGGGAUGCCUGGUCCAACAGCCAUCACAGCGACAGCCUCCUCUCCCUUAGGCCCCUACACAUUGACAGCCCAGAGCACAAAAUCCACCUGUUUGAGAAUCCAGGCUACGGUGGCCGCAAGAUGGAGAUUGUGGAUGACGACGUUCCCAGUCUCUGGGCUCACGGCUUCCAGGAUCGGGUGGCCAGCAUCCGAGUCAUCAAUGGAACCUUCCAUCCUGAGUGAGACCAUGGCAUCAGACUACCAGACUCAGUCCUCUAAACCGCAGCCCCUCAAUCCCAAGAUUGUCAUCUUUGAGCAGGAGAACUUCCAGGGCCGAUCCCAUGAGCUGAGUGGGCCAUGUUCCAACCUAAAGGAGACUGGAAUGGAGAAGGCGGCCUCCAUCCUUGUGCAGUCAGGACCCUGGGUCGGGUAUGAACAGGCCAACUGCAAAGGAGAGCAGUUUGUGUUUGAGAAAGGUGAGUACCCUCGCUGGGACUCUUGGACCAACAGCCGCCGGACUGAUGCGCUCAGCUCGCUGAGGCCCAUCAAAGUGGACAGCCAGGAGCACAAAAUCAUCCUUUAUGAAAAUCCUAACUUCACUGGGAAGAAGAUUGAGAUCAUUGAUGACGAUGUGCCCAGUUUCCAUGCCCAUGGCUACCAGGAGAAAGUAUCAUCUGUGAGGGUACAGAGUGGAACGUGGGUGGGCUACCAGUAUCCAGGUUAUCGAGGCUUCCAGUACCUAUUUGAGAAGGGGGAAUACAAGGACAGCAGCGAUUUUGGGGCUCCCCACCCCCAAGUUCAGUCUGUAAGGCGCAUACGGGAUAUGCAGUGGCAUCAGCGAGGUGCCUUUCACCCUACCAACUAGAUCCCCAUCACCCCAGCACCACCAUCAUGCAGGGAUGAGGACCCAUGCUCCUCUCAUCACUCCCA